UAGGGUUCUUGGUCGCUGGGAGGGUAAGACACACCUCUUCCACCAUCGUUCUCCUUCUAACUCCCGGUUGGAACAGAUGCGUCAUUCGAUGCGCGCGAGGAUCGGCGAAGAAACUACUUGAUGCGAGGAAUAUUUUGCUCAUGGCCAUUGCCCUCCAUCCAAAGGGUAUUAUUACUCACUGUGGCCCAUCUCAAAUAGUAUCGUCUUCCUCGUCUUGUUCUUCCUCUGCAUGGCCUUGUUGGGUCUCCAUGGAAGCUCGCAGGCAAGAGAAUUACCGUUGCGUCUCGGGCCAGCGUCAGCUCGUCCGGGGAGCCUGUGUUAGUCAGCAACAGGACUCCAAGCCCGACAUGGAGCCCAGAUUUGAGCUGGAUACGCUGCCAAGGCCUCUUUCUGUGACAAGCUUGACAUCGCCUGGACAAGGGUCGAAGUUACGAGUUGCUUAUCAGGGCGUGCCUGGUGCCUACAGUGAAGCUGCCGCUUGUAAGGCUUAUCCGAAUUGCGAAGCCGUCCCUUGCGAGCAGUUCGAAGGUGCAUUCCAGGCUGUGGAACUCUGGCUGGUGGACAGGGCGGUGCUACCGAUUGAGAACUCGCUAGGAGGAAGCAUUCAUCGUAACUACGACCUUCUGCUACGCCACCGGCUACAUAUUGUGGGUGAAGUGCAGUUCCCAGUUAACCAUUGCCUCUUGGGCCUUCCCGGCGUCAAGACAGAGGAGCUGAAGCGCGUUCUUAGUCACUCUCAAGCUCUAGCGCAGUGUGAGCAGACACUGUCUAAGCUGGGAGUUACACGCGAGGCAGUCGACGACACGGCCGGAGCAGCCCAGUAUGUCUCGCAAAAUAACUUGAGAGAUGCAGGGGCGGUUGCCAGUGCCCGAGCAGCUCAGAUAUACGGGCUUGACGUUUUAGCCGAAGGCAUACAGGAUGACUCCGAUAACAUCACUCGUUUCUUAAUGCUGGCAAGGGAUCCUGUCAUUCCAAGGAAUGAUCGUCCGUUCAAGACAAGUGUUGUGUUUACACUUGAAGAGGGGCCGGGUGUCCUGUUUAAGGCGCUUGCAGUGUUUGCGCUGCGAGAUAUAAAUCUUACCAAGAUAGAGAGCAGACCGCAGCGGAAGAAACCACUGAGGAUUGUGGACGAUAGCAACACCGGAGUAGCCAAGUACUUCGACUACUUGUUUUACAUAGACUUUCAAGCAUCUAUGGCGGACCCAAGAGCACAAAACGCUCUCGGCCACUUACAGGAGAUUGCUCCAUUCAUGCGUGUUUUAGGAUGCUAUCCAAUGGACACAGGCUCGUGACUCUUGUUACAAAGUUUUGAUGGAAGGAAAACGAAAUUUUUUUAAA